GUCGAGGCUGAAGCCGUGAAUCGUUCGAUUACCAUCGCCAACCAGACCAACUGCCCCCUGUACAUCACCAAAGUGAUGAGCAAGAGCGCGGCUGAAGUCAUUGCCCAGGCCCGGAAAAAGGGAACCGUGGUGUACGGCGAGCCCGUCACCGCCAGCCUGGGAACUGAUGGCUCCCACUACUGGAGCAAGAACUGGGCCAAGGCCGCUGCUUUUGUCACCUCCCCACCCCUGAGCCCCGACCCGACCACUCCGGACUUUCUGAACUCCUUGCUGUCCUGUGGAGAUCUCCAGGUCACUGGCAGUGCCCAUUGUACUUUCAACACUGCCCAGAAGGCGGUCGGAAAGGACAACUUCACCCUGAUCCCCGAAGGCACCAAUGGCACUGAGGAGCGGAUGUCCGUCGUCUGGGAUAAGGCUGUGGUCACUGGGAAGAUGGAUGAGAACCAGUUUGUGGCCGUGACCAGCACCAACGCAGCCAAAGUCUUCAACCUUUACCCCCGGAAAGGCCGCAUUGCUGUGGGAUCUGAUGCUGACCUGGUCAUCUGGGACCCCGACAGUGUUAAAACCAUCUCUGCCAAGACCCACAACAGUGCUCUCGAGUACAACAUCUUUGAAGGCAUGGAGUGCCGUGGCUCUCCGCUGGUGGUCAUCAGCCAGGGGAAGAUUGUCCUGGAAGACGGCACCCUUCAUGUCACCGAAGGCUCUGGGCGCUACAUCCCCCGGAAGCCCUUCCCUGAUUUUGUUUAUAAGCGUAUCAAGGCAAGGAGCAGGCUGGCGGAGCUGAGAGGGGUUCCCCGUGGCCUGUACGAUGGGCCUGUGUGCGAGGUGUCUGUGACACCCAAGACAGUCACUCCAGCCUCGUCGGCUAAGACGUCUCCGGCCAAGCAGCAGGCCCCACCUGUCAGGAACCUGCACCAGUCUGGAUUCAGCUUGUCUGGUGCUCAGAUUGACGACAACAUCCCCCGUCGCACCACCCAGCGCAUCGUGGCGCCCCCUGGUGGCCGUGCCAACAUCACCAGCCUGGGCUAGAGUUCCAGGGCCCAUUCCACUGGGGGAUAGGGGUUGGGGGAUGGGACACCUGAGGACAUUCUGAGACUUCCUUCCUUCCCUUUUUUUUUUUUUUUAAAGAGCCUGUGAUAGUUACUGUGGGGCAGCCAGUUCACGGGGCUCCCUCUUGGGCCUCACACUCCGUCCCUCACCCGGAGUCACUGACUUUGCUCACCCACUUCUCUACACAUCUACAAACAUCACACCACGUCUACCCACCAGCCCCGUACAGGGGACUGCAUCCAACACUCAGACAUGCGAAACAGAGCAAAUCACCAUGAGGGUGUUUCUCAUCUCCAACCUCUGUUGUAUUUAUCAUCUUCCUUUUCAUUGGGAGGGAAGAUAAAGUGAAUUGCCCAGA